UUAAAAAGAAAAUCAAAAACAAAUUUUCUCCACACGAUAAUAUAAUUAUUAAAAGUGUAUUAUUUCACAAUCGGAAUUAAACCCGAUAAGUCAAUCAAAUAUAAAUUUGAUAAAGCUUAAUUAACAAAAAAAAAAAAAGCAAAAUAGAUAUAAUUUGCAGACAAAACAAUAUUUUUGCGCCAAUAUAUUAUAAAAGAAUUUUUUUUUCCAUUUAGAGAAAAUUAUCGAGGGGGAAAAAAAUAGGUGAUAUAUAUAGAAAGUGUGGCAUCCAAGCGAAUCUGUGAUUUUUCUCUCCUCUCUCACACACACAGACACACACACUGUGUGACUCCAAAUAAUUGUGGAAUUGCAUUUUCCAGAGUGUGGAAACUGAAUACUUCUCUUUUUUUUCUAAAAAUCAAACAGAAUAUAUAGUAUAUAUUUUUCUACUCGACGCCAGACGAGUCGUCGCCUUUUCCUUCCACGCAACAGGAAAAAAGAAAAAGAAAAAAAGCUUGUCACGAAUUUCAAUUAUAAAAGAGCGAGUAUUAUAUAUUUAAUAAUUAUGUAUAUAUAGUUUGAUAAGAAACAAGAAAGUUUAAAGAAAAAAACAACAUAAUUGGUUUAAUAUUCUAUCGGGAAAAAAAAAACUUUUUUUAAAAUUAUUGACUCGUUGACUAAAAAAAAAAGUGAAAAAGAAAAUAAGACUCAGGUUUCAAAAUGGGAUGCAACACCAGUAAGGAAACUGUUCAGCCGGCGGCGGAAGAUGCGAAAGAGGACGUUAAGAAUGGCGAUAUACCGAAGACAGCUGAGGGCGACAGGAGCGUGGUGUCGUCUAAAGAAAGUAGACAAACGGAACAAAAGGAGGAAGACAAGGCAGUAGACGACGACGACGACGACGAGGAAGAGGAAAAGACAACAAGUAAAGAGGAGGAGGAAGCUGCAACGAGAAUACAAGCAGCUUUCCGUGGCCAUCACGCCAGGAAGAGUAUGAAAGAUACGGAAACUUCAACGAAACAGACAGAAUCAAAAUCAGAUUCAGAACCAACCAAGGAACAAUUACUGCAGGAGUUUCGCGAGGACGAUAAGGAGCUUUGCGACGCAGCUACUAGAAUUCAAGCUUCAUUCCGCGGACACAUGUCGAGAAAGGUAGCAGCAGUUGGCGAAGCGGCCAAAACAGCUGGGGAAAUGGUCGAGAGUGUAGCGAAUAAAGUCGAAAAAACGGUGGACGAUGCCGUUAACGAGCUGGAAGGAAUUGACCUAUCAGAUCCUGACCUAAACAAGGCGGCAACGAAAAUUCAAGCUAGUUUCCGAGGACACAAAGUUCGCCAAGAAGUGCCCAUUGCUGGACCGGAAGUGAAGAAGUAAAAAAAAAAGCAAUAACACAGCCAAACGGGCACCAAAAACCAAGGGAGCACGCGUAACCCACAUGACUUUUAUGGGGGGUUACAAAAAUUUAAUUAUUCUUUUCAUUUCUUAUUGCUGAGUAUCUCGUCUCAAUAAAAUAUAAUAUAUUAUUGUGUUCGAUUCACUUUAUUUUUAUAAAAAAAUUUGCGUGUAAACCGACAAAAAAUGAAGAAAAAACUUUUCUAUCGCGUCAUUAGUUUUAAAAAUUUUCAAUUUCUCGCAAAAAAAAAAAAUAAUGAAAAUCAUCAAGGAAAUUUCAAAAAGAAAAUAUGGGACUCAGCAAUUUUUGUAACAAAUCUACACUGAAAAUAAUAUUCUAAUUGUGUUUUUUUAUUAUUUUAGUGGUAAACUCAAUCUACUAUAUUCUCUAUAUUGAUAAAUAAAUAAAAUAAACAAAAUAAACAAUCGUUAACAUUACAAGUUUUUCAAAAAUAAAUUAAAUA